UUUUAGUGCACUGUCGGACAUUCUCGGGCCCGCCGUGCUCCAGAGUGAGACUCCCAGAGCCCAGUGUUUGGUUGAAGCAUCGUCGUUUUUUUUUUGUUUUGGUGUGCGGUGCCCAAAAGGAGAGUUCCUGGUGCGAUUGCCCUUGCAUAUCCCACCCUCCCCCAAAGAGUGGUGCAGAGAAGCGAGAAGCACCGAAGCCGAAGUGUAGUCGCAGUAGUAGUAGUAGUAGUAGUAGGGGGGAGAGUAGUAGGUGGCCAACGCCUUGUGGGAGCUCUAAGAGACUCUAGAGUGGUCCGGAGAGGGGGUGUGUAGUUUUUUUCCGACGGGUAGGAAGUGUGAGCCCGUGUAUAGGUCCUCUUGAAGCGCGGACCUCUGGAAGUUGGAAACAGUCUUGUGCUGACAGUGGCACAGUGAAGGUGCAACAACAUGGCAAGUGUGAUAAAGGUGCUCGGUGUCUUGUGCUUAGUGGUAGCAAUUGCUUCCGCUGAGUACAACCGGGUCAAGCGGCAGGAUGACGACAACGAAUCGGAUUCGGAGAACAUCGAAGAGCUCUGCAAGGACCGGCCGGCUGACGAGUACUUCCGGCUCAGUACCGAGGGCGAUUGCCGUGAAGUCGUGAGGUGCGAUAAUGCUGGUGAAAACGGCAUCACUAGGCUGGCACGUGUCCGUUGCCCAACCGGGUUAUACUUUGACGUGUAUCGUCAAACCUGCGAUUGGAAAACGAAUGUUAAAAAUUGUGAAGAAUUAGGAAAACCCCGCAAGGUGCUACCCAUUCUGAAGACCGAUGAACCCAUCUGUCCAGAGGGUAAACUGUCCUGCGGAAAUGGCGAAUGUGUCGACAAGGAGCUGUUCUGUAACGGCAAACCUGACUGCAAGGAUGAAUCGGACGAAAACGCUUGUACCGUCGAUCAGGAUCCGAACCGCGCCCCGGAUUGUGACACCACCCAGUGUGUGCUGCCCGAUUGUUUCUGUUCCGCUGACGGAACUCGGAUCCCCGGAGGUAUCGAACCCCAGCAGGUACCUCAGAUGAUCACCAUCACCUUCAACGGUGCUAUCAACGUAGACAAUAUCGAUCUGUACGAGGAUAUCUUCAACGGCCAGCGACAGAACCCCAACGGUUGUCAGAUUCGUGGUACAUACUUUGUGUCGCACAAAUACACCAACUACUCCGCCGUGCAGGAUCUGCAUCGCAAGGGUCAUGAGAUCUCGGUCUUCUCGCUGACUCACAAGGAUGAUCCAAACUACUGGAGCGGUGGUACCUACGACGAUUGGCUAGCCGAAAUGGCCGGAGCUCGUUUGAUCAUCGAGCGAUUCGCUAAUAUCACUGAUGGUUCAAUCAUCGGAGUCCGUGCCCCGUAUCUGCGAGUUGGUGGUAACAAACAAUUCGAAAUGAUGGCCGAUCAAUUCUUCGUCUACGAUGCCUCCAUUACGGCUUCCCUCGGACGUGUUCCAAUCUGGCCGUACACUCUGUACUUCCGUAUGCCACACAAAUGUAACGGCAACGCCCACAACUGUCCAUCGCGUAGCCAUCCAGUCUGGGAAAUGGUCAUGAACGAACUCGAUCGUCGAGAUGAUCCCACCUUCGACGAGUCGCUGCCUGGUUGUCACAUGGUUGACUCCUGCUCCAACAUCCAAUCCGGUGAACAGUUCGGACGUCUUCUGCGUCACAACUUCAACCGUCACUACAAUAGCAACCGUGCCCCUCUGGGUCUCCACUUCCACGCUUCCUGGUUGAAAUCUAAGAAGGAAUACCGCGAGGAGCUUAUCAAGUUCAUCGAAGAAAUGCUGGGCCGUAACGAUGUCUUCUUCGUGACCAUGCUGCAGGUUAUCCAAUGGAUGCAAAACCCAACUGAACUGAACGCCCUGCGAGACUUCCAAGAGUGGAAGGAAAAGUGUGACGUCAAGGGACAACCCUACUGUUCCCUGCCCAAUGCCUGCCCACUGACCACUCGCGAACUGCCAGGCGAAACUCUGCGUCUCUUCACCUGUAUGGAGUGCCCCAACAACUACCCAUGGAUCCUGGACCCAACUGGUGAUGGUUUCACGACCAAGAAGUAAAACCACACGGAACGCACUUCCACUAGUGGCUCCAAUCCACCGAAAGUCUGAUUUGUAGUUGUUUGAAGAGAUUUACAACGUAAGAAAUGGCAACCUCAACUGAGCUUCCGUUGAAUCCCAACUCCUUCUCAACCCCAACCCCAACAUUCAACGAAGCAGAGGAAUCUGUUGUAAAUAAUUAUAACUUCCUACACUUUUUAUCCCAACUCCCACAAAACCCUACAAUUGUUCCUCGCCCUUCCCAACAAAACGAACAAAAAUGUCUCCAAAACAUCCAGAUCACUUUAUUGGUAACUUCGCAAACGUUACCCCCAACUCAAAACGAAACAAAAACAAAAAAUGAAAAUCGUGAUAAAUUCGUAUAUCGUUACGUUGUUUCCAUCGCCGCACCAACGGUAGAAAAAGAGAAAGAUUUAAACAAAAAAAAACGAAGGACACCACUGGUCCCAAAACGAAAGGUGGUUCCGAUUUUGCGGUACCCCCGUUAAACCAGUCGCUGGACACAUUGCUGCUUUAAUAAUAGAACAGAGAGCGCGUGUUUCCAUAAUUUUAUUUUAAAGUAUGUUUUUAUUUAAAGAAAAAAAAACCGGGAGCAACCGUGCCAUCGUUGCAUUGGUGGCCGUUCGUUGGUGGAAUUGAUUUAGAGAAUGAUAUCCAAUUUCCUACAAAUGGUGUGUAGUCGCCACACCGAAACACGCGCAGUUAAAGUGCUCCUUUAUUAGCGUGAGAGAGAGAGAGAUGAAUAUGUGGUAUGAAAAUAAAUUUUUAAAAAAAUCUCUUAA